GCUCACCACACAAAGCUCGUUGCUAUGAAAUACGUAAAUGUCAUAUAGACAGCAGUUGAAAUGUUUGAAAACAUCAUAAGAAUUUAAUAGCAUCAAAUACAUAUUGCAAAUAAAUCGCCAAAUAAAUUAAUUGCGUAUAAUGGACUAUUCGAAAUUUGGUAAUAUGAUGGAAAAAAAUCGCAUUGAAAGCUUUAAAAAAUGGCCGUUUGACGAUAAGAAGGCUUGUAGUGUGAAAAAGAUGGCCGAGGCGGGAUUCUAUUGGAGCGGCAAUGAGCGUGAGCCAGAUACAGUUACUUGCUUUGUUUGUAAUAAAACUCUCGACGGAUGGGAACCAACGGACGAUCCUUGGAAGGAGCAUGCCAAGCAUGCGCCGCAAUGCAAUUUUGUGAAGUACGGACGAAAGGAGGCAGAUUUGACGGUGCAAGAAUUUAUAAAUGUAUUUAGUGUUGCUGUUAAAGCGCGAAUGGAUAAACAUUUCAACAAAACAUUGGAAGAUUUCAGGAAAUGCGCAGAAAAGGAAAAAGAAAAGUUGCUGCUCGGAAAAUAAAUUUAUGUAGUUCUCACUAUAUGUUUUAAUCAUAAGAUUUAUAUUAAGUAAUAAUAGAAUUAAUUCAAGCUAAAAUAAAAUUUGUUCGUAAAGCAGAGAAAUUAAA